AUGGACAGUCUCACCUCGCCGGGUGGCGAUUUCUCACAGAACUCUCGGUUGCCUGAAGAGGUCUUGCCCACGUCCUUUUCCUCCUCCCUGUCGAAGGCUUCGGGGACCAUGGCCAGCAAUACCGGUCCCACCGAGUUGUCGCCAGCGCCGACACCAGUACUGGUUGUGCGGAAGAAGAACUCCUACAAGGAUGCGCCCCGGCUGAUAACCUGUCCUGUGACUGGCUGCAAACAGAAAUUUCCAUGGCACAGCUCGUUAAAGCGUCACAUUCUUACGCAUACUCGUAAGUGAGCUCGCCCAGAUAUGCAUACCCGUGUACUGCUGGUUUUUUUUCGGAAUUAUAUAAAUGUAGCUGAAAGGUUGCCCUCACGGUUCUAAGGACGACAGGAGCUUGAAACUCCAUAGGUCAAAGGACUCCGGCCCAACAAAUCCUAUGACUAAAAGCCUGUCCGGUUGACUGGAAUAAGAGAAGACCGCCAAGGCUGUUAUGCCAGUUAACAGUGGCAAAUGUCGCGUGCUUCAUUUGAGCUAUAACCCACGAUCCUUCAGAUUUCGACAUUCAGGGAGUUGUAUCGGCUAUCUAAUUUACAAAUAGGCGGACAAUAAAGUCGCUUGAGUCUCUGUACUCCUACGCUUUUGUAAAGCAUGGUUUAUUACUGACAGCCGUUUUUGCGGUUAAAGAAAGAAGAAGGCGUUAAUUAUUGAUUCAGAUUGCACGCAGGUGUUAGGAGAGGAAUAAGCACGUAGUGUGCUAUAACUCACAAGUAAUUAGGACUUACGGUAAAUUAGACUAGGAGUGCUCCUUUUGAAUUCAACAAAAUGAUUGGCGAAGCGAUUUUAAAACACUGUUCUGCACGCACGGACAUAGUCAGCAGACGGUGUUAUUAAAUAGCACGAAUAGACGAGGAAAAAACGCUUCGGUUGUCGAGGCAAUCACUUUCCCGUUUUCAAAGGAGCAGCGGCCGUGUGCAAACGAUUUUAGGGAACUAAGAUGUUUCAUCGUAAAGAACACCUAUAAUCUCUCCCCCCCCCCCCAUUUUAAAUUGAGUUAAAGUUGAGUUUGCAGCUAGGGUUAUGGCUAGUGGUAGGUUUACUUGCAGGGUUAUGAGGGGGUUAGAAGUGCUUCGGAAGGAGGAUGCAUCCAAAUUCAGAAAAUUCGCCAAAUUUCAUUCUCGUUCUUUUCCACCCUUUUGCCCCUCUGUCCGAACUAAACUUUCUUUCAAAUAAUUGUUUACGGAGAAAGCACAAGAUGCUUGCCCAUCCGGCUUUGCUGUAACUCAAAAUAAUUAGGAAUUUUGUCACAUCAGACUGACUUACUUCUUGCAGCGGGAAAACCUGCCGCAUCGUUGCAUACUGCCAAAGAUCCCGAAGCAGACACUUGACAGACAAAUUCGAAGUCCCCGAACACACUUACACGCUUUUUAUGGUUUGUGGAUUAAGAGUAUUUUGAGCCAUGUUGUUGGAGGUUACUACUGAAUACAGAAAUCAAUUUUAAUAACUCAACCUUCCCUGUCUCUCAUGAAUAUUUCCCUGCCUUCCAUCAAAUCCCUUUCCAGCUCACAAGCCCUUCGCCUGCACCCGCUGUACUAAGUCCUUCUCCACAAAGUCCAAUCGUGAAAGGCACAUGGAACGGGUGCACCGGGUCAGCCUAAAACGCCAAAAGCAGAAGAAUCAACAGUUGUGGACCGGUGCUAGCGGAGGUAGUACCAACGGAACGGAGGAGACCGCAGAUGGCAACAUCAUUGAAAAUGAUGUUGAUGCCACACCAGCCUUUGCGACUGCGCAGCCUACAGCUGACGGACUCACCGAUGAGCUAAGGGAGGAGGAGAUCGCAUCCAUGAACAGCAACG